AUGAAGACAAGCCACAUGGCGUCGGACCUACACUGGGUUCCCGUCACUUCCCGCCACACGGGCUUUUGGGAGGUUCAGAUAUCGGACAUCACCAUCGACGACCGUCCGCAGAAUCUGUGUGUUGACUGCUACGUCGCCGUGGACACGGGGACGUCAGACUUGGCCGGGCCGACAGAGAUCAUACAACAGCUCGCCUGGAGGUUGAACGUAGAACCUGACUGCGGGAACUUCCACAAUUUGCCGAGGCUUGGAUUCCUCAUCAACGGGGUGAUCAUGAACCUCGAGCCGAAGGAUUACGUCGACGAAGGUGAUGGCAGUUGCGAGGUCUCCGUGAUGAGUCUCGACAUCCCCCCGCCCACAGGUCCGCUCUUCAUCUUCGGGAUCCCGUUCCUGGAGAAGUUCUACACCGUCUACGACAACGUGAACGAGCACAUCGGCUUCGCGGUGGCCAACCAGGCCGGCGGGCCCUCCAAGAUCGACGCGGCUCUGAUCAUGUCGCAGCUGGGCGCCUCGGUGAGCAACUCGAGCUCGAGCAGGGACAGUGCCCUGCGCCAGGCGGACCACCAGCCCAGGAGCUACCUGCGCAAGUGA